CAUCUCCAUUACUGUUUCUAUCUCUCUCUUCUCUCUCUAGACACACAAAAGUAGAAAGACGAAGAAGAAGAAAGAACGGGUUUGUAGUUGGUGGUUGCGUUUCUUUCUCGUUUAUAUUCUUCUUUCUCUUUUUUUUUUUGUUUGUUUUCAUCUUUCAAUUCCUUUUUUUUGUUUAUAAUCUAUCUAUCUAUCUACGCACGAACAGAAAAAUCUCAAGCUCUUCUUCUCUUAUUUCCCCCGAUUUGAAUCUGUUCUGAGAUCCUCUUACCUUUUGAUCCUGACGAAGAAGAGAUUGCUGAGAAAGAAAGGGUUCUCAUGAUUCUCGUGUUUUGGGUCUCUUUCCCAAUCACUGUUUUUGAUGAAUAAAUAAAAAUUACACUUUCCUUUUUUUCUUGUGUAUGGUGGAAAAAGAAAAUCUACGUAGAUCUGUUCCUUUUUUUCUCAUAAAACUCUUUUGGGUUUAAUUUUGCUGUACAAAUUAAAUAUUUGUUAGAAGAAAACGUUUUUUAUUUUUCGUUUCAAGACUCGAAAAGGGUCAGAGCCAGAAGUCUCACCUUUACCUUUUCCUUGGUCAGCUUUGAAAGGCUUGAUUUUUUAAAAAUUUCUGUUUUUUUUUUGUUCAUUCAAUUUUGACGAUUUGGGUUUAAAAAUCACUGGGUGUGUGUGUGUAUGUACUGGUAGUUGAAGAAUUAGAUUGAUCAAAAAGGUUCUUGCAGAAAGUAGCUGGAACUAAAUUUGAGACAUCUCUUUUGCAUAGUUUGAAUCAUCAUUGCUCUUUGCGGUGAGAAUUGUGAUCUAAAGGUUCAAUCUUUCUCGCUGGAGGACCGUGGGAGUGAUUGUUCCAUUGUUGGUCUGGAGUGCCUUCUUAAUAUAAUCAGGGCCCUUAGAAUGGGGUCCUGUUUAUCUGCAGAGAGCAGGAGCCCUAGACCGGGCUCUCCUUGCUCUCCUGCUUUCAGUGUGAGGAAGAGGAAGAACUCUAAGAAGCGACCUGGUUCUAGGAACUCUUCCUUUGAUUACAGAAGAGAAGAACCGUUGAAUCAGGUUCCGGGGCGCAUGUUCUUGAAUGGAUCAAGUGAGGUUGCUUGUAUCUUCACUCAACAAGGCAAGAAAGGGCCUAAUCAAGAUGCCAUGGUUGUUUGGGAGGAUUUUGGUUCGAGGACAGAUACAAUCUUCUGUGGAGUGUUUGAUGGACAUGGUCCAUAUGGUCAUCUGGUUGCAAAGAGGGUUAGAGACAAUCUUCCUCUCAAAUUAAGUGCUUAUUGGGAAGCAAAAGUACCAGUUGAAGGUGUUCUAAAGCCAAUCACCACCGACACCGUUAAUAAUGCAACCAACAUUAACAACCCUGAAGAUGCUGCUGCUGCUGCUUUUGUAUCUGCUGAAGAAGAACCUAGGACAUCUGCUGACAUGGAGGAGGAGAACACAGAAUCCCAACCGGAAUUGUUUCAAACGCUGAAAGAGUCGUUUCUUAAGGCUUUUAAAGUUAUGGAUAGAGAACUUAAAUUCCAUGGAAGUGUUGACUGUUUCUGCAGUGGGACAACAGCUGUAACCUUGAUCAAGCAGGGUCAGUAUCUCGUUGUUGGAAAUGUUGGGGACUCUAGAGCUGUAAUGGGUACAAGAGACAGUGAAAAUGCUCUUGUCGCUGUUCAACUAACUGUGGAUCUUAAGCCAAAUCUCCCAGCUGAGGCAGAGAGAAUAAGAAAGUGUCGAGGACGGGUGUUUGCACUUAGAGAUGAACCUGAAGUUUGUAGAGUUUGGCUGCCAAAUUGUGACUCACCUGGACUUGCUAUGGCACGUGCUUUUGGAGACUUUUGCCUUAAAGAUUUUGGCCUAAUCUCUGUGCCUGAUGUAUCUUUCCGUCGAUUAACGGAAAAAGAUGAGUUUAUAGUGUUGGCUACAGAUGGGAUUUGGGAUGUUCUCUCAAAUGAAGAUGUAGUGGCGAUUGUAGCUUCAGCUCCAUCGCGCUCCUCUGCAGCUAGAUCUUUAGUCGAGUCUGCAGUUAGAGCUUGGAGAUACAAAUACCCGACUUCCAAAGUCGAUGACUGUGCCGCUGUUUGCUUGUAUCUAGACUCCAACAACACAAACGCCAUAUCUACGGCUUCUUCCAUCUCCAAACUGGAAGAUGAAGAAGAAGAACUAAAAGCCGCAACUGAGGAUGAUGAUGCAUCAGGACCAAGCGGUCUAGGCCGUUCGAGUACUGUCAGGACGGGGAAAGAGAUUGCUCUUGAUGAAAGUGAAGCUGAGAAGCUGAUAAAAGAAGCGGAUAACUUGGAUUCAGAACCUGGAACAGAGUAUUCUGCACUAGAAGGUGUUGCGAGAGUUAAUACACUUUUAAACUUACCAAGAUUUGUGCCUGGAAAGUGAAAAGAGAAAGAAGAGUUGAAGUGGAAGAAGUUGAGAGGUGAUAAAUGAUAUCAAAAUAAAUCACCCAAGACAAGGUACUGUGUCUUUUUGUUCAUUUGUUUUUCCGUUUCAACUUUCUUACAUUGAUCUCUAUUCUUUUUUUGAGUCAUAAUUCAUUGGUUUUGGAACCUAAAUUUUUGUCAGUUUUGUCUUUUAUUGUCUUUCUCUCUUGUUGAUGUUUAUGCUGUUUUUUGGUCUUGUCAGUAAAGAAGAGUGAAAAACAUCACAUGAUGUAAUAAUGGCUUGUGUCUGUAAUUCUGUGAUUCCCCUCGGGCUUAAUUUUGUCAGUCUGUUGGGAAAAUUUCCUGUUUUUAUCUUUUCAAAAAGCUCCAAUUCCAAGUA